GGCGCAUCCAUGUACGUAUAAUCAAUGAGGCCUCGCCGAGGUCUUUGCGCUCGUCGUACGUUCAACCGCAACACGGUUCUUCGUCCCUCGCGUCGCUGCCUACACCGAGACACGCCCUACAGCUCCGUCUUUUCUCGGGCCUGCCAGCGAACAAUGGGGCCGUCGACAUUUCAAAAUUGUUUCUUACACGCGUUAUCUCUGACGCUGUUCGAGUGCACGCCCUACAGAUGCGUCUAACGCGGGAUCCACACGCGCAGAUCUGCGACGGGGAUGAAGACACACGCGGACUCUCGUGGAAUGGGGAGUAUUGACUUCAUGCCGCUGCAAAACACUGCCGCCAAUGGAGUUCCCAAGUCAGCGAAACCAAGUAACGUGGACUACUCGCCAGGUUUUCUGAAGGGCAACGACACCGCGGACGGGCAACCGAACUGUGAUGCGGCCAAGGCGGCGGCCGCUCGGCGCCGUCUCUCCUUUUGCGUGGCUGCCGCCUACCUCGCCAUGACGUCAGCGGGUCUCAUGUGUGCCUAUUCGUCACCAGCGCUGCCAGACAUCCGACAGCGGUUCGGCCUCACCGAGGACGAGGCCACGUGGUUCGGGUCUCUCGUGCUGCCCGGCGCAGUGCUGGGAGGUCUCAUCGGAGGUCAACUAGUAAACUUAAUGGGGCGCCGGAAGACCAUGGUCACAGUCGCCGUGUGGUUCGUGUCCGGCUGGAUAUGUAUCAUCCUGGCACCGUCAACGCCGUGGCUCUUUGUCGGCCGUUUUCUGACCGGCGGCGGCAUGGGCACGGCGGCGCCUGCUACUUCGGUGUACCUGUCGGAAGUGUCUCCAGCACACCUUCGAGGCCUGCUGAACACGGGUUGCAACUUGCUCAUGGCCGUGGGAAUUCUGAUGGGCUACGUGAUGGGCAAGUGGCUCUAUUACACGUGGCUCGCCGUAGCCUGCCUCGUGCCGGCUUUCGUAUCGGGCACGGCAUUCGCCCUCUACGUACAGGAAUCACCUCGAUGGCUCGUCUUAAAGGGCCGUCGCGGCCAGGCUUUAGAAACGCUGAAGUUCUACAGGGGCCCACGCGUCGACGAAGAGUUCAGCUCACUGGAGCGCAGCGCUGCCGACGUACCGGGUCUCACGUUGGCCGAGAUGCGGAAACCACACAUCUACAAACCCUUCUUGUACUCCCUUCUGCCCAUGUUCAUGCAGCAGGCUGGCGCCAUCAACGUUGUGCUCUUUUACGCCAAGUACAUCUUCGACGAGGCUGGCGCGUCCUUGGAGUCCGACAACUGUUCGAUCAUCCUGGGAGGCGUUACCGUGGUAACGUUCUUCGUGGCCACCAUCCUCGCCGACAGAGCUGGACGCAAGGCACUGUUGAUAGCGUCGGCGGUCAUUACCGUGAUCGGUCUUGGACUCCUCGGCCUGUACUUCCACCUGAAGGAGGUGAACGGCGAAGAAUUUUCCAAGCAGUACGGCUGGUUUCCCCUUCUCGCCAUCGGCCUGUAUGCCGUGGGACAUUCGCUAGGGCUGGGCCCGCUGCCGUUCGUGAUUCUUGGGGAAAUGAUCCCGCUCAAGGCUAAAGGUGUGGCUUCCAGCAUAUGCACGGCAUUUCUGUUCGCGACCGGGUUUCUGGUGGUCAAGGAGCACUUCGACAUUCAACACCUUCUGGGCACAGCCGGCGCGUACUGGCUCUACGGUGCGCUGGUCGUGGUUGCGUUCGUGCCCUUUGUCGUGUUUGUGCCGGAGACAAAGGGCAAGAGUCUCGAGGAGAUUGAAAAACUUUUCAGUGGCAGCGGCUCGGAGCCGGCAAUUUUCUUGAAAGAUGCGGAUGAUGCGAAACUGAACAGACUCUAGCGUUAUGCUAUCUAUUGUUCGCUUUUGACAAUCAUGCGAUAUAUGUAAGCCAUCGCGCGCGUGGUAAGCAACUUCGUCCUGCCAUUCCCACCACACGACAUCAUCGUACAAGCGUCAACGGCCAGGACUAACGGCUGUUUGUAAAUAAAGUUGAAUCGCUCUCUCUCGC